AUGAGUAUAGAAGCAACUUUUUGUGGUUACAUAGAAAAAACUCAAGAUACUUUGUUAAUAUUUGAAGCGUGCAGACGUGGUGUAUUACCAAGAAUAUGUAGACGUCUUCAAGAGAAAGAACGUAAGAUCGUAAAGUCUGGAAGCGUAUUUGUAUUUGAUGAACGCGAGUCUGGAAUAAAAAGCACUAGCAGUAGUGGUAGUGAUAUGGAUUCACAAUCUGAAAGAAAUAAAGAACGUGCUUUGGUUGGUAGUUUAACUAAUUCUUAUAAAUUUAAAAAAGGUGGUUUAAUUAAAAAAACAAUGUCAAUCAUGGUUAAUGGAAUUAGCCAACAUAUGAUCAGUUAUUAUACAAAAGAAGAUGUUUUGGCUGGCCUAUUGAAAACUCCUUCUUCAAUACCUGACUUGGCAAUUUUAGAAAUUGCUCCUGAAUUUUUACAAAAACAAAAUUUUAGAGUGCCUCCUAUGAUAGAAUCCACCUAUGAUCAAGAUAUGGACGGAAUGUCUACUUUUGGAAAACAAAAUGCUAAUUCUUCACAUCAUGGCAUGGUUACAAAACAUGGAAUUGGAGGUACAGUAAGUCCAACAAGACUUUCUAAAAUGGAUUACACAUCAACAUCAUCAUCACGACGUAUUAAACUUGAAUCGGAAAAUUCAAAUUCUUCAGGUGUUGUUGACGGUUAUAGACCUCAAUCAUUUUCCACAAGUUCAUCUGGCUUUCCCCAUUACGCUCACUACGCACCCAACAAUUUAUUAACGAAUCAUUCUAAUCCUCAUGAUGUAUCACCUCUGAUGAGAGGAGGUUAUAUUACUACAAGACCAACUUCCUAUAACGAAUUCCCACCACUUUCUACAACGGCUCAUCAUCAUCACCAUCAUCAACAACAACAACAACAACAACAUUUUCCAAAUCCUCGCGCACUGACUCAUCACAGUACCGACUAUAAUAAUUAUUAUAAUCAUAAUACACAACCUACCACUAAUUGUACCACUCCAACAGCUACCACAACCUCACCAACUACACUAACUCCAAAUAAUUCUAAUAAUACUAAUGGCAAUGGUAAUGGUUCAAAUUCAAUUCAUCAAAUUAAUACACUUAGUCAAGUUCCUUUUUCUCCAAGUAGUAGUACCUCUACUGCAAUUGUUAGUCCAACUAGUGGUAGUAGUGUGAGUCCUUAUACUUCAAGCUAUCCAUCAUACUAUGCACCUUUGAUCAAAACUGACGUCUAUCCAGCCGUGUCUAUGUCUCCUAAUAAUGAAUUAUAUGAUAAUUUUAUGUUCAAGCAAGUAGAUAAUUGGAAUUAA